CGCAACAGGAAGCGGCCCGCCAUUUUGAACAGCCCAGGAGAGCAACAGGAGCAGAAGCGGCGCGGCAGGGAAGGGAGGGGGUUCGGCGACCAGGGGGCGGCCCGGAUGGUGAAAUCCUCCCUGCAGCGGAUCCUCAACAGCCACUGCUUCGCCCGCGAGAAGGAAGGGAAUAAAAAGACCCACCGAGACAUCAUGCCUGCCCGGCCCGCCAACGCUGCUCUUGGCCGUUCCAGGAUGGCCUUCAAUUGCUGUAGUAACCUGGGUCCGGGGCCUCGGUGGUGCUCCGAUGCCCCUCACCCACCCCUGAAGAUCCCAGGUGGGCGAGGGAAUAGUCAGAGGGAUCACAAUCUUUCAGCUAAUUUAUUUUAUUCUGAUAAUCGGCUGAAUGUCACAGAGGAAAUCCCAUCCAAUAACAGGACACGGAUCCUGCAUAUCCAGUCCAGGCUGACGGAGGCCAAGCACAUCAGUUGGAGGACUGUGCUGAAUAGUAACAACUUGUACAUCGAGAUCCCCAACGGCGCUCUGCCAGAAGGGAGCAAAGAUAGUUUCGCAGUUCUUCUCGAAUUUGCCGAAGAACAGCUCCAAGUCGACCAUGUGUUCAUAUGCUUCCACAAGAACCGAGACGACAGAGCCUCGUUGCUCCGUACUUUCAGCUUCUUGGGCUUUGAGAUUGUGAGACCGGGGCAUCCCCUUGUCCCCAAGCGACCCGACGCUUGCUUUAUGGCCUACAGCUUCGAACGCGAGUCUUCGGAAGAAGAUUAGACAUUAUUUUGUUUUGCAGUGUUUUCCUUUUUUUGCCUCGUAGAGCUUUUCCUUGGAUCUUUUUUGUCAGGAGAUGAAAUUGGUAGGAAUUCUGUCAACAUCUUUAUACAUGCACAUAUAUAUGUGUGUACGCAUAAAUGACUUCUUUGUAUGAAAUAUUGUGUUAAGGUUGCUGGUGGUGGUGGUGGGGAUGUUUGGGGCAGAUGUUGAAAAAUUUCCAGCUUUUGUCAUCUUUCCCUCUCUUUCCUCCUUUCUUCUUUCCCUCGCCCGCAUUUUUGUCCGCAUGUUGUGACCGUUCCAAAAUAAAUGCUCACUCUCAAAAUUUAGCGGCAUAUUUCUUGGAAGUUUAAUAUUGUGUGUUUGUGAUACAGAAGUAUUUGCUUUAAUUCUAAAUAAAAAGUUUAUAUUUUA